ACCCGUGAGCCCCUUCCUCCUCCCCCCAGCUGAGGAUGAAGCGCGCGCUGGCUUUCUGCGUUGAAGCUCUCAGAUUCUCGGCUGCUCCCGGAAGAUGGCUGGGAACGCGUGGAGGUCAACGCUGUCCCGUGUUUUGGGUGCACUGACAAGCCAAACAACACCCAAAACUUUUUCCAGAGGACUGCAAACUGUAACCCUAAUUCCAGGAGAUGGAAUUGGUCCUGAGAUCUCCACAGCUGUGGCAAAGAUAUUUGAAGCAGCUAAAGUUCCAAUUCAAUGGGAGGAAAGGAAUGUGACUGCUAUCAAAGGACCUGGGGGAAAAUGGAUGAUCCCUCCUGAAGCCAAAGAGUCAAUGGACAGAAGCAAAAUCGGAUUGAAGGGACCUCUGAAGACCCCUAUUGCUGCUGGCCAUCCUUCCAUGAACCUGCUGCUUAGAAAGACAUUCGACCUGUAUGCCAACGUGCGUCCCUGCGUGUCCAUCGAGGGCUACAAGACACCUUACACAGAUGUCGACCUGGUUACCAUCAGAGAAAACACUGAGGGAGAGUACAGUGGAAUUGAACAUGUGAUUGUAGAUGGAGUUGUACAGAGUAUUAAGCUGAUUACAGAAGAAGCCAGCCGUCGCAUUGCUGAGUACGCCUUCGAGUACGCCAGGAAUAAUCAGAGAACCAGUGUAACCGCUGUUCACAAGGCCAACAUCAUGCGUAUGUCUGAUGGCCUGUUUCUGAGGAAGUGCAGAGAGGUGGCUGAGAACUUCAAGGAUGUAAAAUUCACUGAAAUGUACCUGGAUACAGUGUGUCUGAAUAUGGUGCAGGAUCCUACUCAAUUUGAUGUGCUUGUUAUGCCCAACCUGUAUGGUGAUAUAUUGAGUGAUCUAUGUGCUGGACUAAUCGGAGGUCUUGGAGUGACUCCUAGUGGCAACAUUGGCGCUAAUGGUGUUGCCAUAUUUGAAUCGGUGCAUGGAACUGCCCCUGAUAUUGCUGGAAAGGACCUGGCCAACCCUACUGCUCUGCUCCUGAGUGCUGUGAUGAUGCUGCGGCACAUGGGACUGCACGGAUAUGCCAAGAAAAUUGAGACUGCCUGCUAUGACACAAUUCGAGACAAGAAGGUUUUGACCAAAGAUCUUGGUGGAAAUUCCAAAUGUUCAGAGUUUACAGCUGAGAUUUGCAGACGAGUACAGGAUAUGGACUAAGACAGCAUUUGAGAAUGUUGCCGGUUAUCUGUGAUUGUCAUAUCCCCAAAAGGCACAGACAAUAUAAUUUGCCUUCUAAUCAUUCUACCUGUAUCUGCGCACAAUUAUGCUAUAAAUAUAUGUGUAUCUGUUGAAAUAGAACGACUGAAUGCUGACUCAAAAAUGUCUUGUUUAUUUCACCUUCAAAACAAAAAAAAAUCAUUUGUCAAAAAUAUAAAUGUGUAAAAUGUGUUUUUCUCGGUCAGAUUAACUGAAUAACCUAAAAUAUUCUUAAUUUAUUGACUGGAGAUUUUCUCUGGUCCUUCAUGUUUUAACACAACUACAGUACUUUAUCACUGGGUUAAUGACUGUAAAACUGGUCGAAUUAAGAGAGAAAAGUACAUUAAAGUUGCUAAUAUUUUGA